AUGCUGUUUUCUGAGUUGUCUCCAUUCGCUUCAUCAUUUUCCUCUAUUAUUGUGUCAGAAAUAGGAGAUAAGACAUUCUUUAUUACAGCAAUUUUGGGAAUGACUUAUUCAAUGAGUUUGGUAUUUUUGGGUUCAUACACAGCCAUGGUUUUAAUGACUUUAUUGUCUUGCUUCUUCGGAUAUUUGUUACCUUAAAUUUUGAAUCCAACUUACACACAUGCAAUAGCUUGUGCGAUGUUUUUUUAUUUUGGAUAAAAAUUGUUGAGGGAGUUCUGGAGUUCAGAGGAGAAUGAAAAUGACGAUGAAGAGUAAGAGGCAGUACUAGAAGUGAAUAAGGUCAAGUCAAAGCUUAGCAAAUAAUCAGAUGCAAAGAAUGUAUCAAACGUGGAGGUCUUGAGAGCUGCAAUUGCAUUAACCUUUUUAGCAGAAUGGGGAGACAGAAGUCAGAUCACAACGAUUGCAUUGGCUACUGAGGAGACUUUCGUUGUACUAGUUGGCGCAUUGCUUGGUCACUUUAUCUGUACAAGUACAGCAGUACUUGGGGGAAAAAUGAUCUCAUCAAAAAUUUCUGAAAAAUACAUUCAUCUCUGUGGGGGUAUUCUAUUUGUCUUAUUUGGACUGCAUAACAUUAAAAUGCUUUUUUGAUCUAUAUUAAGAUUUUUAUUAAAUCUUUACAAAUAAUUACAA